AUGAAGUCGAUCCUUACCGCAACUGGUACAUAUCUGGUAGGAACUGCAAAAGACAUCGGCCUAGCUAAUCGAUCAUGGAUUGGCUGGCUGUCACCUGCUGCACCGCCGCUCUGAUCCUUCUGUUCCUGCCGUCGUGCGCGUCACAAGACCGGCUUGUCCCCGGCAAGCCGCUCUCCCCCGGCGCCACCAUCGUCUCCGACGACGGUUCCUUCGCGUUGGGCUUCUUCAACCCCUCCAACUCCUCCGGUACACCGGCAAGGCUGUACCUAGGCAUAUGGUACAACAACAUCCCCGAGCUUACCGUGGUGUGGGUCGCCAACCGGGAAACUCCGAUCACGAACAUCACCACACCGGUGCUCUCCCUCACCAACAGCUCCAAUCUGGUUCUGUCGGACGGGGAUGGUGGUCCUGUCCUUUGGACAACAACAGGCGUGCCUGCUGCAACGAGCUCUACCCCAACGGCGGCCGUGCUUGAGAACACUGGCAACCUCGUCAUCCGGGCACCGAACGGCACCAUGCUAUGGCAGAGCUUCGACAACUUGACUGACACCUUCCUUCCCGGCAUGAAGAUCCGGAUCAGGUAUGACAAGCGCACCAACGGUGAUCGCCUCGUGUCAUGGAAUAGCCCCGUCGACCCCUCGCCAGGGCGCUUCUCAUAUGGCGGCGACCCAAACACGCUUAUCCAGAUAUUCCUUUGGGACGGGGCACGCCCGGUGGCUCGCACCGCUACAUGGACAGGAUACAUGGUGAAGAAUGAUCGCAAGUACCAGCAGGAUAGCACCGGUGCGACCAUCACCGUCUCCCUGGCCGUCGUCAACAACGACGAGGAGAUCUACGUCACCUACAACGUCUCGACCAACGCCCCACACACUAGGUAUGUGGUGACACACUCCGGUGAUUACCAGCUCCAGAGCUGGAGCAAUAUCUCGUCGGUGUGGUUAGUCCUGACGAAGUGGCCAUCCACGGAAUGCAACCGGUACGGCUACUGUGGUCCAUACGGCUACUGUGAUGUGGCGGUGCCGACAUGCAAGUGCCUCGACGGCUUCGAGCCGGCGAGCACGGAGGAGUGGAACAGUGGUAGAUUCUCAGCGGGGUGCCGCCGGAAGGAGCCGCUGCGUGGGUGCGGCGAUGGCUUCUUGGCCUUGCAGGGUAUGAAGACGCCGGACGGGUUUGCGCUCGUCGGCGAGAACAAGAGUACUACAUCGGAGGAGUGUGCGUCAGAGUGCGGCCGCAACUGCUCCUGCGUGGCGUACGCGUAUGCCAACCUGGGCGGCGACAAGUCUGGGGGAGACGUGACAAGGUGCUUGGUGUGGACCGGGGAGUUGAUUGAUACGGCAAAGGUAGGCGCAGAUACCGGCAGCGACACGCUCUAUCUUCGGCUUGCAGGCUUGGAUGCGGCAGCUGGUAACACAACAAAGAUCAACAUAGUGAAGAUUGCUCUGCUAAUUCUAGGAAGUGGUGUUCUAGUACUCAUAUGCAUUUCACUGGCAUGGUUAAAAUUCAAAGGCAAGGAUAGAAAAUGGAGAAGGGACAGGAAGAUAAGAGUGGAUCGUGUGAGCACUAUCAAUGAGUCUGGGGAAGAAAGCCUUCCCUAUGACCAUGAAUUUCCAUUUGUGAAAUUAGAGGAAAUUGCUCUUGCAACCCAAAAUUUCUCAGAAACAUGCAUGAUUGGACAGGGUGGCUUUGGUAAAGUUUACAAGGGAAAGUUAGCUGGUCAAGAAGUUGCAAUCAAGAGGCUAAGUAGAGAUUCUCAGCAAGGAACAAAAGAGUUCAUGAAUGAAGUAAUUCUAAUUGCCAAAUUACAACAUAGAAACUUGGUUCGACUUCUUGGAUGCUGUGGCGAGAGAGAUGAAAAGCUCCUAAUAUAUGAGUAUCUGCCUAACAAGAGCUUAGAUGCUACGCUUUUUGGUAUUCGAAUAACAUAUAGUACUUUCCAAAGACAACUCAAAAAAAUACUUCUAACACUUGUUAUUUGUAUAGAUGAUUCAAGAAGAGUAUUGUUGGAUUGGGCCACACGGAUUAGUAUAAUAAAAGGGGUUGCAAGGGGACUUAUGUAUCUUCAUGAAGACUCAAGGUUGACCAUAAUUCAUAGGGAUCUCAAAGCUGGAAAUAUUCUGCUAGAUGGAAAUAUGAAAGCCAAAAUAGCGGAUUUCGGCAUGGCAAGGAUCUUUGGCGAUAACCAACAAAAUGCAAAUACUCAACGUGUUGUUGGAACAUAUGGUUACAUGGCCCCUGAGUAUGCAAUGGAAGGUGUCUUCUCUACCAAGUCUGACGUGUACAGCUUUGGUGUGCUACUACUAGAGAUCGUAACUGGUAUACGGAGAAGCUCCAGCAGUGAGACCAAGGGUUUUCCUAGCCUAAUUGUGUAUUCAUGGAGUAUGUGGAAGGAAGGGAAGGCCGAGGAAUUGGUAGACUCAUCUAUAAUGGAUACUUGUUCACCAGAAGAAGUCUUGCUUUGCAUACAUCUGGGACUCCUGUGUGUCCAAGAAAACCCUGAUGAUAGGCCACUGAUGUCUGCUGUUGUGUUCGUUCUAGAAAAUGGAAGCACUACACUUGCAGCCCCCAGUCGCCCUGCCUACUUUUCUCGACAUAAUAUAGAGAUGGAGCUAAAUAGAGAUGAUAUUCAAAACUCUGUCAACAAUAUCACCCUUACGGAGAUACAAGGGCGAUAAAAUGCUUCUAAUAUAGUGAGAAACAUUUUGUGACAAAGAAACACAAUUGUCAUGCAUGAGGGCCUCUUCUAGAAGAUUUGGGAAACAUAGGAACAGGAAAGAUGCAAAAUUGAACGUCAUGUCCCCUUAAAUCCGAGCUUGCACCAAGUCUGUUGUAUUCCAAUCCUCUUAAUAAACAAUCCAUGUUGAUUUUUU